AUGCUCGCCCUUCCGCGGCUCAUACCUCUGGCAGCACUGUGUGUGGCAACAUUAUGUGCUGCUCAAAGCACCAAUCCGAGUCCCGCUGAGCUGGCGGCAUACGGCGCUGCAUGGGAAACAUCACAGCAUGCCAGCGCUGAUCCAGCUUGGUAUGAGACUCCCGAAAAUUUUUCCGACACGCUGAAACCUGGUGUGCUGUUGAAAGUCGAGUAUGCCACCAACCUGACGAACUACACCGUACCAGGCAGUCUCAGCAUGUCACGCAUUAUCUACACAACGCUGGACGUGCACGGUUCGGUGCUGCCAACAUCCGCUUACAUCCUUUGGCCAUACCAUGCCCUGCCUGAGAACGAUACUUUGGGGUACGAUGUUGUUUUAUGGGCACACGGCACGUCGGGACUAUUUGCACCUUGCGCUCCAAGCAACUACCGCAGUCUUCAGUAUCACUUCAUGGUUCCUUACCUACUUGCCACGCAAGGCAUGGUCGUCGUAGCGCCUGAUUAUGCUGGCCUUGGAGUCGGAUCCUUUCCCAAUGGCACCAGAAUCUAUCAUCCCUGGGCGACCUCACCCGCGCAAGCCAACGACAUGGCUUACGCCAUCCAAGCCGCUCGCUCGGCCUUUCCGCAAUACCUUGCACCAGGUGGACCUUUUGUUGCCAUGGGACACUCCGAAGGUGGUAGGAAUGCAUGGGGGUUCGCCGAGCGUCAAGUUAUCUCCCCAGUCGAUGGAUAUCGUGGCACUGUCCUCCUGGCGCCGGCAGCGUCCCCUAUCGACAUCAUUGAAGAUGCAAUUAAGAAUCCCGAUGCUCCUUGGUCGAUCCCAGGCCAGUCUCUCCAGACAUUGACCAUCCCAUCUGUCACCGCCGUUUAUCCUUCAUACAACUGGGCUGGCUUCACGAACGUAUCUGCGGAUAUCUUUUUCAACGCAUAUGACCGUUUCCAAGGCUGCAUCCCAACCCUGAACAUUGUCUACGGGACGACACCACCCAGCCAACUUGCCCAGCGAGGUUGGAGCAAUGCGUCGGAGGUGAGAGCCUGGCAGAACUUGACACGAGUCGGCAACAAACGUUUUGCUGGACCGAUACUCCUGCUCGCGGGUAACAAUAACGGUUCUGACGGGAUCAUACCCUAUGACGGCCCACUAUCCUCGUCGGUGCUGUCCACCGCGGACCAACUUUGCGACUUGAUGGAACAGAGAGAAUGGGACGAGUCUCUCCAAGUCGUAGGGUUCAAAGACGUGGAUCAUUUCCCCCUCAUUCAGGCCAGUCAGAGCAUGUGGUUGGAUUGGAUCAAGCAGCGUCUCAAUGGCGUAUCCUCGUCGCCUCCGAGUGGAUGUAGUAUUGGGUCGAUGAGAGCUUUUAGGGAUGGGAGGGAUUCUUUCCAGGCGAUUCCUCCGAAUUUCUUGGUGGAGUGGGUUAAUGCCACUGACCAGUGGCAGUAUUCGUUGUAA